AUGGCGGUCCGCAACAUCAGGACCAUCACGUGUCAGAUGAUAAAAGCACUAGCCAAACUGAAGGAACUCGCCAUCAUUCAUGCUGAUCUGAAGCCGGAAAAUAUAAUGAUCGUGGAUCAUUGUCGCCAUCCUUUCAGCGUAAAGUUCUAUAGGUCUCCUGAAAUCCUCCUGGGCCUUCCAUUCUGUGAGAAAGUGGACAUGUGGUCUCUGGGUUGUGUGAUGUCAGAGUUGUUCCUUGGAUGGCCUCUGUAUCCCGGCGAUUCAGAGUUCGAUCAAGUGAGGUACAUCUGCGAGACGCAAGGACUACCGCAAGCCCAUCUGCUCAACAUGGCCAGCAAGGUUCACAAUUUCUUCAAGCUCACCACCAACAGUCGAGGAGAGAAUAAAUGGCAGCUCAAGCCCAACAAGAGGCGUCCCCCCUCAGGCACAGAAGGCCGUACCCAGGGGAAGCAGCUGGGAUCGACAGAUCGGAGGAAGUACAUCCUCUCCUCCCUGGACCAGCUGGAGACCAUGGAGUUCACGGAGCACGACCCAGAGCUCCGCAACGAAGACGUGGCAGCAGAAGUUGAGGACCGCCGGAGCAUGGUGCAGCUCCUCAAGCGGAUGUUAACCUUGGACUCCCACCAGAGGAUCCUACCCAAUGCAGCCUUACACCAUCCUUUCAUCAACAUGCACCACUUACGCAUGUACCCAGACUACAACCGCUACUAUGAGCAGUCCGCUCAGGCUCUCCGUGAAGCCCUGAUUCAGGAUACAGCUCCAGAGGGAGACAGCUGUCGGUCUCACCAUCUGAAUGCAGAGAGGGGCCAGCGGUUCCUGUACCCCAGGGAGAAGGAGGCCCACCAGUCAUGUCCACGGGUUCAAAAUCACCAUGACCACCGGGAGGGCUAUCCGCCAUCCUCAGAGGGUUUACAAGGUAACAAUGGGGUUCUCUCCCAGCAGACCCCAGUCCCCAGUGUGCCUCAGUCCCCCACAGCACUGAUUGAAGACCUGAUGGAGAGCUUGUGCAUUGUGGAUGAGGCUAGCCUGGAGACCACCAUGGGGGUAUGGGCGGACAAGGAUGUCCAGUGUGCCUUCCAUCCGUCCAGUUCUGUGAUACCUUCAGAUCUCCAAGCUGGCCUCCAACCAAGUGAAAGCAUUGCCUUCCAGGAGACUGAGCUAGACUGUCCUCACUUAGGCUCCACCAGCAGAGAGGAAACAGAGAGUGGCUCCAUGCUGUCCCAUUUCACCAGGCUGUGUGAGAGCCAGCGCCUGAGGCAGCCAGUGGCCAGGUCCUCACGGUCCGAUCCUACCCACAGGUUGAGCUACACCUCUGUGCCCCAGGUGGACAAAGCAGGUGAGCCCAUAGGCUUCAGUUUCUUUUCUAGGGACCCCACCACCCAACAGGAUCUUGCAGGGCCCAGGGAGCAGGCAGGGGCAAAGGAGGCAGCCCGUGAUUAUGGUUUGGAGGAUAUCCAGUUUCUCAAUUUUGAACCUGAAGGCUACACCUGUCAUUGUGGCCAAUGGUGGCCGGCGUGGACCACGGACCCAGAGGUGUCCUCUUACCUGGGCUACGGCCCCCCAGCCUGCUGUAGCCAUACACAGCAGCAAUGCCUCCACUACUGAGUCUCCUGGUGGGAGGGGGUCAACGUGAUCUCCUCAAUACAGCAAACAGACACUCUGCCAAUGCAAAGCAGGCCUGAAUAGACAAGUAGACCCGCAUUUUAAAACAGCCCUCUGAAAAUGUUGUCGUUUUGAGUUUCAUAUUGACUGCACAGUGGAUAAAUAAAUGUAUAAUUUGC